CCAGAAACUUCUGGGCAGCCUCAGCUGCAGGGGCUGAGCAGGGAAGGCAACGAAGGGAACAGCUCAGCUCUGCUGCAGCAGCAUGGAGUGAUCUGCAGGAGGAAAGGCAGAGCCUGCAGAGGGGAAGGAUUAAUUUUGGGAAAACAUUGGCAGCUCCCGGGGCCGGGAGGCUGGAGGCAGUGCCAGACAGGAAGCGGCUGACGUGGAAGUGCCGGCUGGCCGGGGUUAUGAAUGGCCAGAGGUGCCUCCAGCCACCCCGAGCCCUCUGAGCCCUGCCCUGCCCUGCCCGAGAUCAGGACCAGAUGAGCAGAGGGAGGUUCCUGUGAAGAUCAGAGGCCGUCACCGCUGCGGGCCUGCAGGACACACCAGAGGAGGAAAAUGUCGCACGCUCUGAAGCAAGUGUUCAACAAGGACAAAACCUUCCGGCCCAAGCGCAAGUUCGAGCCGGGCACUCAGCGCUUCGAGCUGCACAAGAAGGCCCAGGCCUCGCUCAACGCCGGCCUGGACUUGAAGGUGGCCGUGCAGCUGCCGCCGGGCGAGGAGCAGAACGACUGGGUGGCCGUGCACGUCGUGGACUUCUUCAACCGCAUCAACCUCAUCUACGGCACCAUCAGUGACUAUUGCACGGAGCAGUCCUGCCCCGUCAUGUCGGGGGGGCCCAAGUACGAGUACAGGUGGCAGGACGAGCACAAGUACCGCAAACCCACGGCCCUGUCGGCGCCCCAGUACAUGAACCUGCUCAUGGACUGGAUCGAGGUGCAGAUCAACAACGAGGACAUCUUCCCCACCAACGUCGGUACUCCCUUCCCCAAGAACUUCCUCCCAGUGGUGAAGAAGAUUCUGUCCAGGCUUUUCCGGGUGUUUGUCCACGUCUACAUCCACCACUUCGACAGGAUCACCCAGAUGGGCUCCGAGGCCCACGUGAACACCUGCUACAAGCACUUUUACUACUUUGUGAAAGAGUUCAAUCUCAUAGACACCAAGGAGCUGGAGCCCCUGAAGGAAAUGACCUCCAGGAUGUGCCACUGAGCUCAGACCCUCCUGCUCCCACCUCGGCACCUCCUCGAGGACUCCGAGCCCCAGCCCCAGACUGGAGAGGUGAUUCAAGGGGAGAACAGAGACGUUUUGUUGAAGAAAUUAUAUAUUUUUAAUGAGUUUCAAUGUAAAACUGUGAUACUGCAGGAAUAUUUUUUUAAAGAUGCUCUAGAUUAACUAAUUUUUAUAGUAAUUUCUAUAAAAAAAGAAAGAAAAUAUUUUGUGGGCCACUUGAUGGGAAUGUUGGCUCUCGGAGCGGGGAAGAGCUGCCUGAGCUGCCUCCUCUGUGUGCCCUGAGUGAGCUGAGCCAGACACUGCAUACAGAGCUGUGUCAUGGGGC